ACACGUCACGGAAGCCGAAGGAAAACGAGAAGGACGGGCACGGGUACCGCUUCGUGUCGCGGGGGGAGAUGGAGGCGGACAUCAAGGCGGGGCGGUACCUGGAGCACGGCGAGUACGAGGGCAACCUCUACGGCACCAAGAUCGACUCCAUCCGUGCCGUGGUUGAGGCCGGCAAGAUGUGCAUCCUGGACGUCAACCCCCAGGCGGUGAAGGUGCUGAGAACGGCUGAAUUCGUUCCAUAUGUGGUCUUCAUCGAAGCCCCCGGUCCCGAGAUGCUGCGGGCCAUGAACCGGGCGGCACUGGAGAGCGGCGUGGCCACUAAGCAGCUCACGGAGGCCGACGCCAGGCGGACGGUGGAGGAGAGCGGCCGGAUCCAGCGCGGUUACGGCCAUUACUUCGACCUCAGCCUGACCAACGAUGACCUGGAGCGCACCUUCGGGCGGCUGCGGGAGGCCAUGGAGAACUUGCGCGCCCAGCCCCAGUGGGUGCCUGUCAGCUGGGUCUACUAG